CUCUGUUCUUUCGGGACAACUGAACUAUCGCUCUAUUACCUCGAUGCCUCAACGACUCAACACCUUGACCGAGCAACAAUAACGGAAAACGGCGCGAUACUGUACGAUAGUUCGAAAGGCGCGAACGCGAACCAUAGUGUAUGGGCAGGGGUUGUGUUGGGGAUCUGGCAAACAGCACAAGGCUGACAGUCCAGUUUGACAAUCAAGUUGGCGGGCAAGGAGGAUUGGGCAGUCUUCAAAUACACACUUCUAGUUCUCUACUCAGAGUUGAAUAUCUUUGCGCAUGGAUCUAGUUAGCUGUCUUUGAAAAGAGUUGUUUCCAGUCGUGGUCGGCGGACAAGAAGCAUUUCUUUUGUCUUGACAUCUCACAACCAUUGCAUCUUCUUUUGGCUCUUCAUCGUCCGUCAUGUCUUAUGGAAAUCCCUCUGAUGAAGUCGCAGAGGACUUCAAACAUGCACUCCUCGACUUGAACUUGAAUUCGCGCUAUGAAAUCAGCAAUCUGACAGUUAUCGCAAGAGAAAAUACCGAGGCGGCACUGGCCAUCUCAGAGGUAUUGAAGGCACAUAUCAAACAGGUCGCUCCGCCCAAAAAGCUCCCAGCCUUCUAUGUCCUCGACUCUAUUGUCAAAAAUGUUGGCACACCAUAUACCCUUUUCUUCGGUCGCGAUAUCUUCGCAGUUUUUAUGGAUAGCUAUGCACGAGUUGACAAUGCCACCCGGUCAAAGAUGGUUGAGAUGUUGAGGACCUGGAAAGAACCUGUCCCUGGUUCGAUGGACACUCGACCUGUAUUCCCUGCUGAAGUAACACGGCCAAUUGAGAACGCUCUGAUUAAAGCCAGAACGAGCUUUCUUCAAGCCCAUCAAGAGCACACGCGAGGUCAGGCUCCUGGUCGAGGCCGACCCGGUCCUUCACCAGCUCCAUAUCGUCAGACACCGACCCCUCCGAACCUCUACCAACAACCACCACCACCACAGCCAACUCAAGGAUAUCAAGCCCCUGGAUAUCAAGGACCUGCCCAACCGAGUACAGGAUACCAAGCUCCAGGGUAUCAAACUCCGGGAUAUCAAGCGCAGAACUAUCCUCCCGGUCAACAGAUCCCUGUACAACAACCCUCCGGCUACCUUCCCAACUAUCCUCAACAACAAUACAGUCAACCUGUGAGUGGACAGCAAUAUACCCAGCCAAAUGGACAGCAACACGGCCAAUCAAGUGUGCAGCAGUACAACCAACCGAACGCCCAGCAACCUUAUGGAUUGCCUCCUCGACCACCAAGCCAGCAAUACUCCCCUCCGCCGCCUGCAAACACGGGAUAUUGGCAACAGCAGCAGGGCCCUGCUCAAGGUCGUAGCUCAGCUGAGGAUGGAAUAGCACAGUUGAACAGUGAUAUUGAGAAGCUCAUUGCAUCUUCAAGAGCAGAGUGGCCUCAGAAUCCACACGAUACUAGUAUAGGAACGAAACUCAAAGCGCUGCUUGAUCUUCAGACCAUCUUGCAAAGCCAAAAGCUACCACCUGAUCAAAUUUCCCUGAUUAAAGAACAAGUUGCGCAGCUGUCUAGAGCUCCUCAACCUGCACCUAAAAUACAAUCUCCGAUUCCACUUCCUACUCCAGUAGCAGCACCAGCUCCAGCACCAGCUCCCGCUCAGCAACCUACGUUGAGCUCAAUUCUUGGUCCUGGUGCUCUUGCCGCACUAUUAGCUAGGCAAGCUGCAACUUCUCAAACACCUCCCGUGCAGGCUACCUCUGUCCGGUCGCCACCGCAAACACAAGCCCAACCGUACCAACCACCUCCGUCAAAUGGGGUUUCAGUCGAACCUCUCUCGCUACUCGACAAGUUGCGGGCUGCUGGAAUGCUGCCUUCAACAUCAACUCCGAAUCCGCCACCAGCUGCUUUUAAUCCUACACCUGCAGGCUUCCCACCUGGAUUUCCUCCAGCAUUCGUGAACACUCCUCCGACUUCACGGACGCCGCUCGCUUCGAUUCCUAAUGAUGUUGUGCUCAAGGCCACUUCCUUGAAAAUUCCCCGACCGCAUCUCAUAUCUAGUCUCUAUGAAGGUCUUGGUGCCCCAUGUACACAAUGUGGCAGGCGCUUCCAGUCUGACCCGGAGAGCAAAAAGAAGAAAGCUGCUCACAUGGACUGGCAUUUCCACGUUAGACAGCGCAUGGAUGAAGCCGAAGCCAGAGGUCAGCACCGAAGUUGGUAUGUCGAUGAACUGGUAAGUAUCAAUAUCAAACCAAUGGACCGAAUCUAUUCUCAUUUUUUUAUAGGACUGGAUUAAAUCCCGUGAAGUCGAAGGUGAAUCAGGUGUAAUCUCUUCGGAGCCUUCCCAAAACACAGCUGCCGCCGCUGCCAGCACCAAGCUUCAAUACCUGCCCGUUCCGGAUGAUCCAGCUCUCGCGAACAGUAUCUGCCCUAUCUGUCAGGAGAAGUUUGAGAUGAAGUGGCUUGAUGAGGCGCAGGAGUUUGUCUGGAUGGAUGCUA